AUGCACAAAAGCAACUUGGACUUACCAGGUGGGCAUCAAGGCAUGGUUGGGCACGCAUAUUUCGCACGUAGCGCGCGUCCCCUCAUCGUAUCGGCCGUCAGUGUUUGCUUGUCCAAUUUGUGCCCAACCCGGCCUGUUGUCACCGCUUCUUCUCCCGCUAGGUACAACCCUGCACAAAUCAUCCCAUCCGGUACCGAAAAGCUACUCCGACCUUUCGGGCAACAAUCCUCCAGCCCAGCAAAGGAAAAGUUUCUGUCACAGCCCAAUCGGUGCCCUACUCGACACAACUGGCUCCGUCCUCCGUCAGGAGUUGGCACGUCCAAUGGCUUCCACGCAGGGGGACACGAAGAGCACCAGCAAUCAAAGGGCACGCUGAUCUCCCUCGUCACUCGCGUGUCGUGCCCACGAUCCACGCUCGACAAGCUAGGGAUGGAUGCCAACUUGUCCUGGGGCUCCCACCUCACGUAUCCUCCAGCCCAUGCGGCAGCCGUCCCGCUUGAAACCAGAGACGUCUCCAUGAGUCCAUGGUGUUGGUCAUUGGGGCGAAUGCAAAUCUUUACUCGAGUCUCGCCGGCCUGCGUCUGUCCUGGAUCAACCAUUGUCGCCGCUCCAGUACAACGCCCCACGAGGAAGGACAUCGCAAGCAGACAUAAAUGCCUCCAUUCCGAACUUAAUCAUCCACUGUCAGGAUCCUGCCCGCUCCCCCAUCCUCGUCCAUCCCAGGAGCUUGUUGGUUUCUUCUUUCCCAUUUUGCGCCAGCAAGAUCAGACAUCUCCCACUAACCCCCUAGUGUCUUUCACGUCAAGCCAUUCCCGAUCAUCUUAUAAGUCAUUUAAGGUGUCUUCGUGGAGACUGGUCGUUUCUUGGACCGAUCACCUGCUUGCCCCCCAUCACGCACACCGCCCUUGCAACGACCCGGAGUUCUUCAAGGGUCCCAUCCUGGAACAAGACCAUUUUUGUUAUCGACUAUUCAUAUUUCACGUGGCUUCCAUCUCAGGACACUUUGGACAUUUCCAAACAUUUUGCUGCCUGAUUUCUUUUCUCUUUACCGUUAUGCCCCCGGAAGAUAUGGCCCAGCCGGAUUUUGCCUACAGACCAUCAGCCAUGUCCAACGGACCGUGGAACUCGACGCGGAGUUCAAUGUACAACGAUACAUUCCCGCCUGCCGGAGGAUUUGAUACCAACUACUACCGUUCAUCGAGCGUGUCCACGUACUCGCCAGGAGCUAGUAACUACAAUUUGCCGAUCGGAACCAAUCCUCAUGCUGUUGCCGCUGCCGCUGCCCCGGCGUACGGAUCGCGCCCAGCUUCUGGCACAUACGGCACCAGUGGUGCCGCCGGCUACGGGUCGUACAAGAGUACGAACUCUCAAUCAUGGGAUCACCAGGAAAGAUACUCACCGACGGACUCGGUCGACGACAUUAUUGCAUCCCCGAACCUUUCUGAUUAUUCACUCGAGAACGGGGCUGGCACCACUCCCCCGAGUAAGAGCAAGGUGAAUGGCAAGGGUCGGCCACAACGUCGACCUUCUAACCGCGACGAAUUCGACGGCCCGCAUCAGUUUCUCGCUCGCCCGCCGCCAGAAUACAUUGCCAUGCAAGAACGCGAACUGCCCCAUCUCCCUACCAACCUCCACGUUCAAGAGCAGGACUUGGUGCUCACCCAAGUCAACGACAGGCUCUCUCAGUGCGCGUACGACUUCGUGGCCAAAUAUCAGUUCCCCAUUCCUUUGACACAGGACAUGCGACCUGUCGAGCGACCUCAGGACCGAGAAUGGACAGAAUGGGUUUACCUCCUGAAGCGCCUGGCUACGAAGCGCCGCAUCCCGGCGCGGGUACUCUACAACGGCCAGAUUAAGCAGUUUGUCACGAUUCUCGAGAAUUCAUUGGAAAUGCGACAUGCGGCCAAGCACCAGAGUCGCCCAUUAAAGGACGACCGCAACAUUUUACAGCUCAUUUCGGCGGGCAUUCAGGUAGCCAAGAUCCUCAAGGACGCGAGCGCCAUGGACUACCUCGACCGACUAUACGUUUCUACGGAGAAGCAAAUUCAAGAUCGCGCUGCACAGCGGCCGAAGUUGACAACCUCGCCGUGCGCAGCAAACCACGGCGAGUGUCUCGACGCUGGCGGCCAACGUGGCACUUUGUUUACGACAUUUUACGGACCUUACGAACUGAAAGUUAUUGCAGAAGGGCGGAAUCCACCUCAUUCUUUAGAAGAAGAGAAGAAGAGUGUAAAUGAUUCCACGAUACGGAACCGGGACGUCAUCAGGACGACAGCGCCCUCCAACGGCACGACGCAGGAGAACACACCUACAGGCUCUAGCUUAGCUCAACACUCCACCUCUCGGCAAAGCGAAAAAACCUCGCUUUACUUCUGCGGCCUCCAGGGACUCUCGACUGAACUGCCUCUUUACACACGCACACGACACACACACUUACAUACAUACCUUUACUUGACCCUUUACGGUUUGGUUUCGCAAGCAAAAAAGGGCAUGAGCAUGCUACAGGGAAAGCGGUGGGCGCUACAGGUUCAUCAGGAAAGGGCGGAAACCUCUUUGUACAUUGGCCCUGGUAUUUUGGUGGCUUGCUAUUCGUUUCUGCACUGCCACGGCGUGGUUUGGGGGCCUGGAGUUGUUUCAAUGGGUCAUAUCUUUUUUUUGACAGACACCCUUCACUUAUACUGGGCUACCGGAUGGCUGUUUUGA